AUCAACAUCAAAAACAGGCAGAUCAAGCAAUGUCAUCCAACACAAAGACUUACAAGGACGCAUUUUCCCUCUUUGACAAGAAGGGCACUGGCAAAGUGCCUGUAGAGAGCCUUGGUGAUCUUCUGCGUGCGGUUGGGCAGAAUCCAACGCUUGCUGAGAUUGAAGACCUGGAAGCCCAGGUCUCUGGCGAUCUUGAUUUCGACACGUAUGUCACCAUAAUCAACCGCCCUGAUGGGUUCAAGCCGCUGGGCGAGCCGGAGGACUACAUCAAGGGUUUCCAGGUAUUUGACAAGGAGGGCACAGGCUACAUCGGCGUCGGAGAGCUGAGAUACAUCCUCACCUCUGUUGGCGAGAAGCUGUCUGACAGCGAAGUUGACGAGCUGCUGAAAGGUGUCAACGUGACCAAAGACGGCAACGUUGACUACGUUGAGUUUGUCAAGUCCAUCCUGGCGCAAUGAUCGACGUGAUUGUUUACGUCUUGCCUUGGACAGUUUCUACAUUUACAGUACACAUACCCCGUUUCCCCCAGUGUUGAUUAUAUUUGUAGAUUGGAAG